UAAACUGACCACGUCACUAACAUUUUUGUAGGUACUGUCAUUGAAUAGUUAAUCGGCCAAGUAGACGCCAACAGUCAACAUGUCUAAGGUUACUUUCAAAAUCACUUUAACUUCGGAUCCCAAAUUGCCGUUCAAGGUGCUAAGUGUACCCGAGGCAACUCCCUUUACAGCUGUUCUCAAGUUUGCCGCAGAGGAAUUCAAAGUCCCCGCAGCCACCAGUGCAAUUAUUACUGACGAUGGUAUCGGCAUUAGCCCUCAACAAACCGCUGGAAAUGUCUUCUUGAAACAUGGCUCAGAGUUGCGUCUCAUUCCAAGAGAUCGUGUCGGCCAUUAUUAGGAUUAAGUAAUAGUAUAAAGUAAUAGAUAACUUCAUAUUUCAUUCAAUUCACAGACAACU